AUGGCUUGCAGAUUUCACUUAGGACAAUCUUGGUGGCGUAAGGUAAACAAUAUUAAUGUAUAUUUAUAUUUAUAGGUUUUUUUUAUUUUUUUAUUAUUAUUUAUUAAUUUUAUAAAUUGUUUAUAGAUUCAAAGUGAAUCUAGUUUAAGAAAAGCAUAUAUGGAAUCAAAUGAUGAACUUGGAAAAUAGUUGAAGCAAUUUUUCGCUUUACCUUUCGUUGCAGUAAAUGAAGUAAAUGAAACAUCCACCGAACUUUUAAGUGUUUGCCCCAACGAUGUAGGAUAUUUGUUCACUGAUUAUAUUUUGAAAAAUUACAUUGUAGAUGAAUGCUUAUUUUCACCAGAAUUGUGGGCAGAAAAGCCAUCAAUGAAUCCAAGGUAACAUUAGUUGAAUCAACACCAAUAUUUCUGUCAGUUAUAAUUAUUAUUAAUUAUAUUUUAUAGGACAUCUAAUGCUUCUGAAAGUUUUCAUCGUACAUAUAACGCCCGAUUUCACCACCCUCACCCACAUAUUUAUUUAGUCCUAAAAGUAUUGAUGGAAUUUCAGUUGGAAAUUGAAACUAAAAUCAAAUCGAUUACAUUAUUUAAUGAUGAGAAAAUUUUGAACGCAAAAGAAAAAGAACGUAUGGAAUUCACCAUGAAUGCAUACAAUAAGUAUAAAUCUUAUAAAAUUGAUAUCAUUCAAUUUUUAUCAGAAGUAGGUCCUAGGUAUCAAGGAAAACAAUUGUGA